AUGUCCAAAUUUAAAUUAUUUUAUGAUAAAGUUAAAUCUAAUGCUUUUAGCAUUUUGUUUUGGGCACCUUUAGCGAAUUGGGGUUUUGUACUUGCUGGUUGUAAUGAUUUGAUGAAAUCACCUGUAUAUGUUUCCGAGAAAAUGACAGCUGUCCUAUCCGUAUAUAGUAUAUUGUUCAUGCGUUUUUCUCUUGCAAUUAGACCUAAAAAUUACUUACUUUUUGCUUGUCAUGCUACCAAUACAUUAGUACAAAGUGUUUUGUUGUACCGUAAAUUAAAAUUUGAAGCGGACAACAAGAAAAAUUUAAAAGAGAUUAAAUAA